UGUUGCUUCGAAGCUUUAGAGACACCGUACAGGUAUGUCAUUUUGAGAAUUUAUUGUACUGCUGGAUUCUUUUCUUUGUGAAUACCACCGAUAUUCAGACUGGUAGCUGUCCACCAUGGCUAACUGCAAAACCCCUGUGAGUAUUCUACAAGAGCUGUGUGCCAAGAAAGGUGUGACACCGGUCUACGACACCAUCGGCCAGGAAGGGGCGUCCCAUCAGCCAAAGUUCACCAUUCGCUGCACUGCUGGCGAUGUGGUGGGUAAUGGACAGGGACCCAGUAAGAAGGUCGCCAAGCAGUCGGCAGCAGAGGAUGUUCUUCAGCAGCUUGAUAUUGAAGUCCCUGCUGUGGAAACGGAGCAAGACGAGGGAAGAUCUCUAAAAGACAACCCCGUUGGUGAACUGCAAGAGUUGGUGACCUGUAUGGGAUGGAGGAAGCCAGAAUAUGAAGCUCUGGAGGAGAGCGGUCCGCCACACAACAGACGCUUUGUCAUCUCAGUGUCUGUCGACAAGUACAAAGAACAAGGUGUUGACCAGAGUAAGCGCCUUGCCAAACGAGCAGCUGCCAGUGCCAUGCUUGAAGUUCUCCGUAAGCUACCGGCGGACAUAAACCCUGGCCUCAUAAACAGAAAACAAAAGCAGAAGCAUCCAAAGCUGCCUGGACCGCAUCGCCUAUCCAUCAAGAAUCUACCUCAAGCCGAAGGAAACUUCAUCCGUAACCCCACCUACUCCAGCAUGCUUCAAGACCUUGGUAACGAGCAGAGCUUCAAAGUAGAAUACGUCCCCAUCGAAGAACAGACGCAGGCUGGCCACUACCAGUGCUUCGUCAGGCUCCAGACCGCACCCGUCACCGUCUGCUUCGCCAACGGCCUCUCCCGCAAUGACGCCAUGGAAACAUCCGCCCACAAUGCACUGCAGUACUUGAAGGUGAUGGCAUUGAAAGUGCCUGCCCCGCCCAAGCCGAGCACGGAACCCAACGGACAGAUGCGGAUUAAUGCGGAACCCCGCUGAUAGAGGCUGUACUUACUUUCAUUUUGUCUAUUUUUCGCCAGGUCCACCAUGGCAUAUUCAGAGAGAUAGUUGCGACAUGUGUGCACAUUCAUAGGCCAAGUCAUGGAGCUCCAAAUAGUUUGCCCUAAUAGAGAUACAUACAACAUCAACUGUGAUGUAUAUUUUUAUCACAAUAAUGGUAUUUUGACACCUAAUGUAUUAUUUCAGUAAUUUACUAUUAUUGUUUAUAUUAAUGACUCUAAUGAAAAUCUUUUGUAAAAAAGUUGUAUUAAUGAGAGAGAGAUGAGCAUUUUUUGCUGUAGACGAUGCACUUUACAAAAUCACAGAGGAAACUAUUGAGGCUCCAUGAAAUGGCUGCGAUGACGUACCUAUCUCUCUCCAAUAGCUAUAGGUCCACCUAAUGGUAUUCUCAUUUUGAUAAGCCACCGUAUUCGUGCUUUCUGAAUGAAUGCGUCUCUUGGAAAUAGAUUUGUAGAAAAAGGAAAUGUUUCAAACAAAAUUAUUUGUACAUUAUGUCAAUAGAGAAGAACGAUGUCCUAUAUACUAUGUUUACAUUGUUGUUUGCCUGGCAGAAGGUCCUGAAUAUGCAACCUUGAAAAUUUGAUGUUUUUGUGUUUGUCUUAACUCGAUAAUGAGAGGGGGACUGGUUGAAUUAGGGCCUUUCUUGAACACUUUUAGAUGUAGCUUUAAUGUGUCGCAUUCUCAAGAAACAUGAAUCUGGACAAAUAAAUUUUUCACAUCCUUACAUAAUUACAAUACUUGGUAAGGGAAUGAAUAAUUCAGCUGUUUGCUGUUUGCUGUUUAAAUCCCUGUUAUGUUAAUUGGAAGUGUUUUAAACGUCCAUUUUCUCUUUACAGAAGUCAUUAUUGAAGCUCAUUAUUUGAAUAAUAUAGCGACAUGGAGCAAAAUAUCUUUGGGUCCAUACACUGGGUUUCAUGCUAUUUACAUUUUUUUUGUCAUACUCAUUAUCUGUGAGCCCAAAGGAUGCUAAAUAUAAUUUUUUUAGGAUGAUUUUAUAUCUUUUCUCUUCUUCAAGAUAAUCUGCCUCCUUCAAUACUGAAGAUUCUUGCAGAUGCCGUACACUCGGCUUGGUUGGGGUAUGCAGUGGAACCUCACUAUAAUGAGGUCCUUGGGACCAUAGAAAUCACCUUGUUAUAACAGAUAGCUCAAUGAGGUUCAAUUGUAUUCUUGUUAUACACAAAUCGCUUUUUACGUGAUUGGUACACUUUCAAACUUUUGAAGUGGGUAUUUCUGUAAAGAUACAUCCCCUGGCCCUUCACAGUAAUGCUCUUCUGCUAGAUAAACAAUGAUAAUUAUGGUCAAAGAUUAAAAGAUGGUACAAAAAGAGUGUGACUUUAAUAGUUAGGACAUAAAAAAUGUACAGAUAAUUUUUACUUCUGGUGACGGAGCAAUGUUUAUUGAGAAAAACAUGUUCUUUUGUUAUGUUGAUAUUUGGCUGUUCGGACGGGCAAGUUGUUAAAGAAUUACAAAAACUUUCAAAAACUGACUGCAACAAAGCAUCAUAUAGACUUUGGGUAGGUUCAGUGUUUGAGCUUCUUUUUAAUUGAAAAUUAAUUUUGUAAUCAAUUUUUUAAAUUUUUAUGUAGUCCUUAAAUUCAUUGUAAAGUAUGUUGAUCAUGAGUAAUUAUAUCUUUUAAUUAUUACCAGGAAUCAAGACUAUCUCUAACCCUUGGUGUUUGUGUUUUAUCCCAACGAUUUGAGGACAACCUUUUUUUAUUUGGACACUCUGAUUUUCACUUCGGACAUCAAAUUCUUAAUCCUAGCCAAAAUCUAACUUGAGGUGUACAUGUGUAGCAAGGAUGGUCAGAUCACUCGUUUGUUUGUACUAGAAACACCUUUUUUGUGUGUCAUUUACGAUUGAAAAUCAUAUCAGAUUUUCAAAAUUGUAUACAGGCAUUAACUUGAAUUUCAAACUUGCAACACAUCAUUAUCAAUGUUAUACAUGUAUUAUAUGCAGUACUGGGUGCUUGUAAUAAUUUGAGUGUAAUUAUUUCUAAAGGUGUGUAGUGUUCAAUGUAAUGUCGUGUGUUUACCAUUAUAUGAGCAUGCACCUUCUCCGUCCAGUCGGAAGCCGUUUUUAGGCCGAAUAAAACAUGAUUCUUAGUUUUCUGUCAGGACUGAUCAAAAUUUGAGGAGUAAGGGGUUCUGUUGUUUAAUCCCGUGUAUUUAAAUUUUGUGUUUGUACAAAAAUAAUGGUAUUCAGUUAAUUUCAACACAAAUUGUCAUACUUUCCUUUCCUUUGACCAUGCACUUCAGUAGUCCAGAAUCUGGCUGGCUUCAGUUUAUUUUGCGAUCACGAUCUCUUCCAUCCCCUACCUGCUGUAAGCCGAAGUGAGCGUGAUCCACAAACCCCUAAGCAUCAAUCAAUGGUACGCCCAGCCAAAAAAAUGUUGCCGGGCAUAGAAACUCGGGCAUCACGCCAUCCACCUUAGGUUUGCAGCAAGUAGGGGGAGGCCGCAGUGGUGGAGAUUGGUAAAAGGAAACUGACCAGAUUCUGUACUAGUGCUUCAGAGGCUCAAAUUAAGAUAAGAUUUGCGUUGUAUUCAUGAUUUUUGUUACCUGUACCUCAUUGACCAGACGACCUCAGAUUCUUAUUCAUUUCAUUUUAGAGUAAAAAUAUCCCCCCCCCCCCCCCCUAAUAUAGAGGCAGCCUGAAAGGCGAAGGAGGAGUAGACAAGAAAUUUGGGACUUUUCUAUUUGGCUUUACAUGUACAUUUUUUCAAUUGCAGUGAUAGGAAUAUGAAAAUGGCGUUGUCUUUUAAAAGCUACCCCUUUUUUAUUUGUUUUAAUGUUGAAUCUCCUACUUUUCUUGAAAUUCAAACUGGUGUACAGUUCUUUACCAUUAAACACUGUAACAAAUUGAGUACUAAAGAAUUGAGCAACAAUUAAAACUUUUCUUUGGAAGUCUAAGAUUUCCAACUCAAGUUAGUGCACUUCAUGAAUUUCUGCCAUUAUGUCAAAACAUUGUUACUGAGGAAUACAAUGAAAGAUAGUGAGAAGGUUAUGAUACUGUUUUUACUUAUAUUAAUCAUAAUGGAUCAUGUUCAAAUUGAAUGAAUUUUGUGUAUUGUAAACUUUAAAAUAUGAGACACAAUAUUUGAAUAUUUCUCCCAGGAAUCACAGAAUAAUUUUUCACUUUUUAUGAAACGAUAUAUCAUGACAUGCAAGUAUGUUGUCUAGAAACGUUAUAUGAGUGAUAAUGAUAAUGUUUGAAUGUUUUUAUUGAAAAUUCAUGGACAGUGUUAUGUAUUGUGUCAGAGUGAUGGACGUUAUAAUAUUCUUACUCCUGUGGUGAAAAAGAUGAUGGAUGGGACAACAAUUAUUAAAAAUGUAAAACGGGUAGAAGUGUUGUACUAGACGCUAUAAAAAUGUUACUGGACUGGUGUCAUGAUUAUUGCUGCCCAAAAGAUGAGUAGUCUUGUUUAUACAGUGCUAUAACAUAAUCAGAUCCCAAUAUGUGAUUUAAAUGAAUAUUCAUGUUUAUUCAUUUUUUUAUGUGUACAUUACAUGUAAUACCUUGUUUUGUAUAGUGGAAUAUUUGGUAUGUUUUAUACUUUUUUCAGUAGUUUUGAACUCCUUUUUUUUUUUGCCCCCAGAGGAUGUGUACAUGGAAGGACUUGAAGGAAGUGAAUUAAAAAAAAUAGAAAUGAUUAAAAAAAAAAACUAACACUGCUUUAAAUCCAGCAGGUAUUUAUAAAAAGA